CAUCAGCAUGGCGGCCGAGUCCCGCGGCCACCGGCGCUCGGCCGCGGCCGGCGCGCGCAACGGCCGCGCCCGCCACCACCCGAUGGACAUCGGCCUGGUGAAGGUGGCCGAGCGCGAGGAGCGCGAGGGCCUGGUGCUCUGGCGGCGGCCCGUCACCACACUGCACUACUGCUGCCGAGAGCUGCUCAUCGAGACAGCUCGUCUGCUCAGGAAACUCUGGAGGAACCGGCUAGCUGUGGUACUGGUGCUGAUGCUGGCGGCGCUGGCCGUGGUGGUGUACUACACGGAGGGCGAGCACCAGCAGCUGAUCGGCCGGGCCGAGAAGCAGAUGCUGUGGUGUCUGUACUGGGUCGGCCUGGGCGUGCUGAGCUCGGUCGGCCUGGGCACGGGGCUGCACACGUUCCUGUUGUACCUGGGUCCACACAUCGCCGCCGUCACGCUCGCCGCCUACGAGUGCGACUCGCUCGACUUCCCUGAGCCGCCUUACCCGGAGCAUCGUCUUCCUCGAUCGUGUGUCCCUCCGGAGUCUGCCGCCGCCGAUGCCGUCGCCGAUGCCGCCGCCGCCGCCGCGGCGCCAGUCACCAUGUGGGCCGUGAUGUCGAAGGUGCGGCUGGAGGCGUUCAUGUGGGGCGCCGGCACCGCGCUCGGCGAGCUGCCGCCCUACUUCAUGGCGCGCGCCGCCCGGCUCUCCGGCGUCGAGCCCGACGACGAGGACUUCGAGGAGUUCGAGGAGCUGCGCAAGAAGAAGAACGCCGGCGACUUGUCGCUACUAGACCGCGCCAAACUCGGCUUCUAG